UUGUAAGCAAGUAGUUCAGUAGUACAGUCCAGGACAGCCAGUUCAGCUCGUCUGAUUUCUCUUUACGCUUCACUCUUUAACGUUGGACGAUAUGGAGGCUAUCAAUGCUUACUUAUUUAGAUAUAAAGACCAUGUCUUUGCAACAGGAUUUUCUACGCCAGAAAACGUCGUUUCACUCGAAGCAUUCGAGAUAAGGGACAGCGAUAUUUUUCUGGUCACCUAUCCCAAGUCAGGCACUAUAUGGACUCAGCAGAUCAUCACGCUGCUCUGUGAAGCGGAUCCUUCAAACGACAUUGUGUACGACAACAACUUGGAGACAAUGCCGUGGCUGGAGAGUCCUCUGGACAUGCCCGACUACUCCUUGCGUCCCUCCCCCCGUUUAUUCACCUCUCACCUCACCCCCGCCCUGAUGCCCCCUGGACUGGAGGACAAGAGGCCAAAGAUUGUGUAUGUGAUGAGGAACCCAAAGGACAUUGUGGUCUCCUACUUCCACUACUGCCACGCUACACCCAAACUGGAGACCCCCAAGAGCUUUGAGGACUUCUUGGGGGAGUACCUGGAGGGAGCAGUUCUUGGCGCUUCCUGGUUUGAUCACAUCAGGGAAUGGUACUCAAAGAGAGAUCAGUACAACAUCCUGUUUUUGACGUAUGAGAACAUGAUCAAGGAUCUGAGGUCUGAGGUGCUGAAGAUCAGCAAGUUCCUCGGGAAGAACCUGGACAGUUCGGCCAUCGACCACGUGGUGGAGAGGGCCACCUUCAGGAACAUGAAAAAGGACCCCAAAGCCAACUACGAGUUCCUGCCCCAAGAACUGCUGGAUCGAGAGCAGGGACACUUCCUUCGCAAAGGUACGGUCGGGGACUGGAAGAACACCUUCACCGUGGCUCAGAGUGAGCGCUUUGACCAGGUCUUCCAGGAGAGGAUGAGGGGCCUCCCACUGCAGUUCACAUGGGACAUUCAGGAGCAUCCAUAGUGGUUGUUGAGGCC